AGUAAAUCUUGCCUGGCCGCCUCUCUUAUAGGACGGCGGAGAUUGGUUCGGCUGAGUUAGCCUGGUGCUACCGGAGGCCUCUGAACUCUUCUCGAAGGGGGGUCUCCUUCCCUGCCAGGCUCAAAAAUGGCCGCCAUCCGCUACCGGCGGGCGGGAAGGCGGUAAGGCGCGGGCGGCUGGCGCUGCGGUGCCGGUAGCGCCGGUGUGGCGGCCCACCCGCGGCGCUAUGGACGGCUUCCUAGAAGACGAGGAGACGGAGUCGUCGUCGGCGAAGAGCUCCGCCGCGCAGGCGGGGAACGCCCUGUUGCCGGCCCUACACCUGCCCUUCCCACCGCCGCACCUCGGCCAACCGGCAUCUUCCCAUGAACACAAAUUAAACUUCAGGAAGAGCAAGGAAGAGUGUUUAAGUUACAUUCAGGAUGCCAUGCUACAAAAGCAGUGGAAAAGGGCUGCAGACUUUCUGAUCUUCUAUACGGAGUCACUAGAGAAAGACUUUUCUAAAGAAUACAUGGGUCCUGCAGAGAUGAUUUGGAGAAUAGGAACCGAAAUUCUGUGCCAUCAUUCCCAUAGCAGCAUGAAAGAGUUCAACUCUUUCAUAGAACAGAUGAAAACUUUAGGAGUAAAAAGGUAUUUGAAGGUUUGUUUAGAGCAUGCCUUUCAUCUCCUUUGUAAUGGACUAAUAGAUGAAGCUUACCAAAACCUGUCCCUGGCAGAAAGCUGGAGGUUUGGAGAACAGACAGCCAUUCAGGAUAAAGAAAUGAAACUGAUUCAGGCUUACAGGGGACUUUUGGACUAUUACAGCUGGUCUAAGCAGAAGACUGUCCUGUUAGAGCAUGGUCAGGAUGGAUUUGAAGACUUUUCUGUUGAACAGGAAAUGCAUAGUUGCUUUCGGAAGGCAGCAGUGAACCUAAAGGAGAUCAUUAAAAUACCUGGAGUCUGGGAUCUCUUUGUGAAAUGUUAUGUGGAUUUGUUGGAGUUCUACGGAGACCAUAAUGAAGCCCGCCAAGUAUUAAAUGAAUACGCCUACAACUCAAAGUUCCCUGCUAAUCCCAAUGCUCAUGUUUACCUCUAUCAGUUCAUGAAGAGACAUGGUGAAUCAAAGAAAUCACUUAUAUCUGCACUGAAGAUCUUGCAUGAUAUUGUUCCUUCUCAUGAACUAAUGAUAGAUUUUAAUACAAUGCUUCAAAAAUCAAAAAAAAGAAAAAAACGUCGACUGGGACUAGAAGUUAUUUUUGCAGGCUUGGAUUAUGCUGGCUGGAAGGAAAAUGUAAAAGCAUGGAGCUGUUUGGCAAGACAGGUGAAACAAAUUGUAAUCUCUGAGAAGCAUCUUGACUGGAUCAAGCAAGAGUGGAACUCCAGAAAGGACUGGUGGCCAGCCUUCCAUUUUAGCCAUUACUUGGCAAAAAGGAAUUGGCAGGGAAAUGAAAGCCUUUCAUAUGAAAAAGCUCUAGUGGCUGGAAUCUUACUGGGAAAGGAUUGCAAAUACUUUAAAUAUGUAUCACACCAAGGCUGCAAAGCUCAGGUGAAAAGGUUUCGGAUACUGAAGAAAUUUGUGAAUAAGCACAAUCCUGCCUACCUGAGAAUAUCUGGACUUUCAGAUUCCUCUGUUCAACCUUGAUUAGAAGGCAUCCUUAAGGUUCUUGCUGCAUUUUUUUCUUCUCUGUGAAACUGACUUCUGUAUUGGUGCUAUUCUAAAACUCCUAGGCAGACCCUGAUGACUCAGUACUGGACUUAUUAAUAUAUUUCUGUAAAAACAAUUUGGUUUGCAUUUAUUUUAUAAUAAAAUGAAUAUAAAUCAACUGAUAAGGUUAAUAUUAGUCCCGUAUUUCUGUGUGAAAUGCAAACAGCAUUGAUUUCAAAUACGUCUUGAAAAAUAUUAAGUAUUAUGGUGUGGAAUUUCUGUAUCAGUAUUAUUGCGGGGUUGAUCAUCCUUAGGUUUAGAUGCAUAGAUGGUGCUUUGAAUGACUGCUGGAAUGUAGUUCAAAAUUUAUUCAGGACUAGCAGUGGCAUUCACAGGUGUCUUAACCUAGAAACAGUACAUGGUGCAGUGUGGAAAUGCAUCCUCAACCUCUAAAGGGUUACAUAGCUUGCUGCUUGUAACUGAUCAUUUCCUGGAUUAUAUGGAAAAAGGUGAGGCGCGUGUCACAUUUUUUGCAUUGUAUACUGAGAAGAAUUAUAGGUCAUGAAGACCUACCGCAGCUUGUUCAAAUAGAUGAUGCACUUCAACAUAUCCAAGGGCAGUUUUUCCACGUGUUAUACUUAGGGGUUGUGUGUCCAGUUCAGGGAUUGUUUUUUCACCAUUAGCAGGAGAGAGAAGGGAAGCAAGUCUUGCAGUGCUUUGAAAAAGCAAAGGCACAGAACUAUUGAAAACUUCUCUGCUUGGUAGAAGAGACUUCCCUAGAAUCUUUCUGCUGUCUUGCCUGGAGUUGAAACGUGCACUGUUGCUGUGUUUGGGAAAAAAAUGCUGCUGUGUUGUCACAAACUAGCAUUCCAGUUUGCUUGAAAACAACAACAAAAUGGUUUCCAAAUACUACUUCUCUUUUAAUGACAGAUCUGUAGAACUCUGGUGGAUGAACUGCUUGAACUACCUCUGGGAAUGAAAUAAAGAUGUCUUUAUCUGUGUA